AUGCGUGAUAUCCAUGAUGAGUACUCAGUAAGUACAGAAAAAAACCUCUUACAGACAAGUCAACAAUCAUUAUGGGAAAAGCACACUGAACUACAACAGGAAUGUGAUGAGCUUCAAAGGAAACUCUAUACUCUGGAGAAGCUCCUUCAGCAAGGAUGGAGUUACUUCAAUGCUAGUGUUUACUUCCUCUCCUCUGAGAGAAAGAGCUGGAGCUCCAGCAGGAAGGAGUGCAGAGAGAGAGGUGCAGACCUGGUCAUCAUAAACAGCCGAGAGGAACAGGAAUAUCUAAGAAGAUUUGGUGUGGAUAUCUGGAUGGGUUUAACAGAUGCAGAUAGUGAGGGGGACUGGAGAUGGGUAGACAAUGAACCCUUGGUCACAGGGUACUGGAUGAAUGGUGAACCCAACAAUGGUUUUGGACAGACAAAUGAGAACUGUGCAGCCUUUAAUUCUGUAGUAUACAUGUAUUUAAAGUAG